CCCCCAUCUUCUGUCAACAGGACAAGGCUGAGCAGGACUCUGGAGGUCCGAGUCCACGGAGGGUUAAUACUGAGUCCCAGGGGAGCCUGACUGUUUUAUUCAAGGGUAUCGUGCUUACAUGACUUUAUUCCGAUUUCAUCAGUUAUCCUCUCGUCAGCGACCGGAUUUGGAUCCCUUAUGAUUUUAUUUCAACUUUCGACAACCGUUCUGUGAUUAAAAGAACAACAUUGGACCUUUAUCUUCACAUUAUUAUAUCCGUUAUUGAUGAUAUUUGUUAAUUCAGAUCGUUGUUAAUUAUCCAUAAUUAAUGUUACUAUGAAACCAAGUGGAGGAGGUUCGCUGGAGGAUGGACCGUUUGGUGUUCAUACUCUCCCCGUCCCGGAGCCUACGGUCCGGACGCCCUAUGACAAGAAGGAGGAGGAGGACUCUGCUGUCAAGUCAGAGGCGGAGGAGAGCAGCGACAGACCGCAUCCCACUGAGCUGUCCGUCCACAACCCCAUUCCCAGGAAGAACAUAACUCAGAUCAUUAAAGACAAGAAGAAACAGACCCAACUCACUCUGCAGUGGCUCGAGGACAACUACAUGGUGUGUGAAGGCGUGUGUCUCCCCCGCUGCAUCCUCUACGCACAUUACCUGGACUUCUGCCGCCAGGACAAGCUGGACCCGGCAUGUGCUGCUACUUUUGGAAAGACCAUCCGUCAGAAGUUUCCUCUCCUGACAACCAGACGUCUUGGCACUAGAGGACACUCAAAGUAUCAUUACUAUGGCAUUGGCAUCAAAGAAAGUAGUGCCUACUACCACUCAGUCUACUCAGGGAAGGGGCUGACCAGAUUUUCUGGAAGCAAGCUUAAGAAUGAGGGUGGCUUCACAAGGAAAUACUCCCUGAGUUCUAAAACAGGAACGUUGCUCCCAGAAUUCCCCAGCGCCCAGCACCUCCUGCUACAGGGAAACAUCCCCAGAGAAAAGGUGGACACUCUAAUCAUGAUGUACAAAACCCAUUGUCAGUGCAUCCUGGACAAUGCAAUUAAUGUAAACUUUGAAGAGAUACAGAACUUCCUGCUCCAUUUCUGGCAAGGUAUGCCAGACCACCUUUUGCCCCUGCUGGAGAACUCUGUGAUUAUGGAUAUCUUCUGUGUGUGUGACUCCAUUCUUUAUAAGGUGCUCACUGACGUGCUCAUUCCUGCUACCAUGCAAGAGAUGCCUGAAAGUUUGUUGGCAGACAUCCGGAACUUUGCCAAGCACUGGGAGCAUUGGCUCACUUCGUCUCUGGAGAAUCUCCCAGAAUGCCUUGCAGCAAAGAAACUUCCCAUUGCACACCGCUUCAUCUCGUCUCUGAAGAGACAGAGUUCCUUUCUGCAUCUGGCGCAGAUCGCCCGGCCAGCCCUGUUCGACCAGGCAGUGGUGAACAGUAUGGUGACGGACAUGGAAAAGGUGGAGCUGAGCACCAUCAGUGUUCAGCCACUCCUGGGCAUCACUGCUGCAGGAGAGCAUGCUGACACUGAUGUCUACUCAGAGUAUGACUCCAUCGCAGUCUUCCAGGAGCUCAAAGACCUGCUGAAGAACAAUGCCACUGUUGAGUCCUUCAUCGAAUGGCUCGACACUGUUGUGGAACAGAAAGUAAUCAAGCCGGGUCAACACAGCAGUCGGUCGGUCAAAAGACGAGCACAAGACUUCCUGCUGCGCUGGAGCUUCCUAGGCGCCCGAGUGAUGCACAGCCUCACUCUCAACAACGCCUGUAGCUUUGGGUCGUUCCAUCUGAUCAGAAUGCUGCUGGAUGAAUACAUUCUGUUGGCAUUGGAGACACAGUUCAACAACGACAAGGAGCAGGACCUACUCAAUCUACUGGACAGAUCUAUGAGAAACGCAGACGCCAGUAGAGCUGCAUUCAUGGCCUCGCCUAGUUCCUGCUUCCUAGCCAAUCGCAACAAGGCCAGCAUUGCCACUGACCAAUUGGUGAAGAAUGAGGGUCUGGCAGCACAUGCCUAUAUGUCUUUAUCAGCCAAUCAGCAACAGUGCCUUGAAGCCAGCCUUGCUGUCUAUCAGAGCACAGAAAACGCUGGUUUCUCCGUUUUAGGAGCCAGCCAGCUUGAGUACUGCCAGGCUGCCUUGAUGACCCCUCCCAUCUCCCCCACCACGCUAGCCAACCGUGGCUCGGUCAUCAACCAGGGGCCCACUGGGAGACCUCUGACCUCCAGCUCGUCUUCCACCUCUGUCCCCUGCCCGUCCUCCUCUUCCUACCUCUCCUCCUCCUCCCUCUCCAUGAGUGUGGCGGGCCAGCCCGACCCCUGCACCUCCUCGUACCCGGAGGCCCUGUACCACUCCGGGCCUCCCCCCAGCUCAGGGUUCUUCCACACGUCCUCUAGCUCAGCCAGCUACCAACACACACUCAGGCCUCAUGGGCAGAUGCAGUCCCCUGCUCUGUCCGGGACCUCGUCCCUGACCUAUCAGCUUCCGUCUCGCUACCAGCCCUACCAAGGGCCCCAUGGCCCCGGUCCCAGCCAACCUCCUCCCGUCAGCGGCCUGCUGUCCUACAGCUCUUCCUGCUCCUCGGACACGCCCCAGGCCGGUGUGGAGCGGGGGAUAGAUACCCAGACCCCGGCCGGUCAGCGGAUGGCCCACGUGGGGCCCUCGGGGGAGUAUGGAUACGUACCUGAUGCUAGCCAGGCUCAGGGACACCACUAUUCAGCAGGUUACUAUGGCAACAGCAGCUACAUUCAGGGACAACGGAUCCUGUCAUCGGUGGACCAGCAUGUAUCAGUCAUCAGCAGUGUGGCCAGCCUCCGACCCUUCCCCCCCAUGUUCUCAGAGGUCCACGACCCACUCAACAUCCUGGACGUCCCGGGAAGGAAAAGCCCUGCGCUGUACUACGAGGAGGUUGAAGAGGCGGAAGGUUGUCGGGGCCCAAAGCGCCAGCCUGCUCUGGGGUCCCUCUACGCGGUGGAGCCUGCAGUGCCCAGGCCCUGCAUGUAUGGAGGGGCCCCCCCGCCGUUCCCCCCCCAGGACCAGCUCUCCUCCUCGCUGCCUCCAAUCAACACUGUGUUCAUGGGCCAGGCUGCGCUGCCAUGAACCACCUCCUGCGUGAGGACUUCUAAAUUCCUAAACCAUGUUUACCCCCGCUUCACAACACAUGAAGGGUUGGUACACAUUAGUGGUACAUUCUGUGACCCACAGAAUGUUUUCUAAGGCUGGAGCUAAGAAUAUACGUUUCUAUCCACUAAUUAUACUAGAUACCAAACCCUCGUUAUUGAUUCCCCUAUUUUAUUUUUGUUAGAAAUGAUUAGUUAUUUAUUUAUUUUACUGUUGAGCAUUUCAAUAUUAUGUAUUGAUUUUACUGUAAGAUAUGAUACCGUGGUCUAGUUUAAACAGAAUAGGGUAAAAUAUUUGACCAAUGAAAUUUUGCGGUAAUCAUACCCUGUACAUGUUGUUAGUCUGAUUAUUACUAUAUCUUCACUAAUUGAAUAAGGAAUUAUUUAUUAGAGCAUUAAUACAAGAUUGGUGCAGGUUGCUUGAUGUCUGCCAAUGGCUAGGUCGUUCUGAAAAUAUACAAUAUUAAUAAUUACA